AUCACCAUGGCCGCAGUGGAUCGUUUCUACCUCUUGUACAGAGAGAUCAGUCGCUCCUGCAGUUUCUACGUAGAAGCCCUGGCUAUCGUUGGAGCGUGGUACACAGUCACAAAGUGUGUCUCCCUCGCGUUUGAUGCUUACAGCAUGCUCAGGUUGCAUUUAAUUCCAAAGCUGGGUGGUGAGAUUGAUCUUGUCAAGCAGUAUGGAAGAUGGGCCGUGGUCACUGGUAGCACAGAUGGCAUCGGGAAGGCGUACGCUGAAGAACUGGCAAAGCGUGGUGUCAACAUCAUCUUAAUCAGCCGAAACAAAGAAAAGCUGGAGGCUGUAUCUAGGAGCAUAUCUGAAACCUAUAAAGUGGAAACAGAUUUCAUAGUAGCUGACUUCAGCAAGGGGCGUGAGCCUUACCCAGCCAUUAAAGAGGCUCUGAAAGACAGAGAAAUUGGCAUUUUGGUGAAUAACGUGGGUGUAUUUUAUCCCUACCCGGACUAUUUUACCAACCUGUCUGAGGAUAUGCUGUGGGACAUGAUCAACAUAAAUAUUACUUCUGCUAACAUGAUGAUGCGUAUUGUGCUGCCAGGCAUGGUGGAGAAGAAGAAGGGGGCAAUUGUGAAUGUUUCUUCUGCAUCCUGUUGUCAGCCAACACCAAUGUUCACAGCCUAUGGAGCCUCUAAAACCUACCUGGACUAUUUCAGUAGAGCGCUACAUUAUGAGUAUGCCUCAAAGGGAAUUUUUGUUCAGAGUUUAACCCCGUUCAUAAUUGCUACAAAAAUGGCAUCAUGCAGCAGCACUGCAUCGAAGAGAUCUUUCUUUUUUCCUUCUGCUGAAGAAUACGCGAGUUACGCUAUUUCUACUCUUGGGUUGUCCACAAGGACUACUGGUUACUGGAAGCAUGCAAUACAGUUCAGGCUGUGUGAACAUCUACCUGAACGGAUCUGGGUGUGGUUUGCACUGUAUUUAUCCAGAAUGGUACGCAAGGAAGCUUUAACGUGCAAAGUGAAAUAGGAAUAUCUAGAUGUCCUGCUUAACAAG